CUAAGGCAGAGGGCUCAUGCCCAGCCUGCACCCUGGCUGUGAGGACUGGAAACCUGCACUCCCUGGCACACCUGGACCUGCAUACUCACAGAGAGGUGUCCACCCAGCGGAAGCCAUGAGAAUCCACAGCCUCUUCCUGCUCUCCUUCCUUCUGGCUACUCAGGUGCUCUCAGAAAAGAUCAGAAAGAAAGCCAAGAAUGCACCACACAGCAUAACAGAGGAGGGUACAACUACCCCUUUGGGCAAGACCCAGAAUAAGCAGAGAAGCAGGGCACCCAAAUCCAUGACCAAUGGCAAAUUUGUCACCAAAGACCACGCCACCUGCAGAUGGGCUGUGACUGAGGAGAAGCUUGGCGUCAACCUGAAUGUCCAAUGUACUCAAGCAGAUCGUGAGUUUUCUUGUGUUUUUUCUGGUGAUCCAACUGGCUGCCUUAAGCACGACAAAGACCAGAUCUACUGGAAACAAAUUGCCCGCACACUUCGCAAACAGAAGGAUAUCUGUGGGAACUCCAAGAGUGUCCUGAAGACCAGAGUGUGCAGAAAGAAGUUUCCAGAGUCUAACCUCAAACUGGUAAACCCCGGUGCACAUGGGAACAUGAAACCCAGAAAGGAGAAAGCAGAGGUCUCCUCAAGAGAGCACAAUAAAGUCCAAGAAGCUUCCACCAUGGAGCCAAACAAGGUCAAAGAGGACACUACCCCCCAUCCAGCUGUGACCCAGACAGUGUCCAUCAAAGAUCUGGAGUGUCUGGAGGACCCAGAUGUGCUCAACCAGAGGAAGGUUGCCCUGGAAUUCUGUGGGGAAUCUUGGAGCUCUUUCUGCAGGUUCUUCCUCAACAUGUUACAGGCCACAUCAUGCUGAUGAAGUUAGAGGGACAGCCUAAGAGUGAGGUGUCAGAGCCCCAGUGUCUGCUGCAAAGUUCCCCAGGUUCCAUACAAGAUACAGACUUUUGUGCUACCGGACCACAGUGAAGUAUUUAAACCGUUUUUGUAAAUUUUAUUUUUGUGUUUUAGAAUUUGCUUUGUUCUUUCACAUGCUUGGAUGUACUUUUUAAAGACUCUUUACCUCAGUGUAUUCUUCCAUGGACCGCAAGUCUAGGUGCAUAUGAGGAGUGGAUAAAUCCAAGUGAUAAUUUCCAUGCAAGGAAUUUUUGGCUGUAUUUACCAGGAUAAUAAAGUUCUGAACAUUCUCAGAAAUACCACCAA